GUGUUUUGACGUCACCAUGUCUUGUAAGUGCGCGAGCUGUACUCUGUCUGUCGACCGCCUCUUGUAAGAGUGGCCGGGCAUAUGGCCCGCGGCAUAAGGAAGAGGAGGCUUGGGAGCCCUCGAUUGAUAUCGGGUGCUUCUUCAGAAGCAACUUUUACCCCCAAUUGCUGUGCCUGAUAGAUUGGGUCUUGAUCAAAGGAUGAGGAUGACAUCUGCCAGCCCCGAGUCUAACACCAUCAUGCCUCGCAGUCUUCUCAACCAAGCAGACCAUGCAAAACACGUCGACCCUCCCAGAGGGCACGACGAGGGAGCAACUCCUGGCGGCACUGCAUGACCACGACUUCAUGAUCAAGUGCGACCCGCACCACGUCAAGCACAGCCGGGUCGAGCAGCCCGCCAAGUUCCCCGGCGCCGCGACAGACUUGGCGAUCGCGCAAAAGGCCUUUGACCUGCCGGACCUCUCGCACAUGGGGAAAUACCUGGGCGGCAGCAGCGCCGAGGCGGAUCCCUACGUCAACGUGUACGAGCUUACGGACGAGAUGCCCAACCCAGUCUUCUCGAGCACCAUCAACAGCCGGCUCGAGUACGUCAACCUGGAAAAGGGGCUGUGGACGCGCGUCAACUCGCCCAUGGGCGUCGUGCUCGAGACGGCGUGGAUCGUGGUGGAUGCUGCGGACGGCAGCGGCGCGCUGGAGCUGCACCAGGACAUCGUCAUCAGCUGCAGCAGGAUGCUCGUCGGCAUAGUUAAGGGCAACAUUGAGGCGAAUCGCGGUGGCAUCCACAAGCUCAUCCGGGCCCGGAUCGAGAAGGAGAUGGGUGGCCCUGGGCCGACGCCCGUAGUGGACGUACCGGCGCCAACUCCGGCUGGCGGUGUUACCGCAGAGGCGCUUGCGUGACGCGAUUGAAUCGUUUGUUGUUCUUUUGCAUGAAUUGAGUGGUUCAGUGCAGUGGUUUAUUGGCGUCUGGGCAAAUCAUCACAGUACCGUACGGAUAGACAAUGACAUCGGAAGGCCCAGUAGAAAGGCAUAUAUACAUGUGGCCAUGCCAGCCGACCUCGGGAGACGCGUAUUACCGAAAGUGUAGUCCUCUUGUAGAAUAUAACAGGAAGGCACCUUUUCUGCAAUCAGCCAGGAGCAACGUGAAGGUUGUCUUGAUGUAUCGGGGGCAGCCAGCAUCGCCUUUUGCCUUGGCUUGCACAUGCAUGGUGGGGUCAAACCUCAUGCUGGUCGGUGCAGAGCUGCCCCUCCAUCGACGCGCUUCGACCGCGUUGAGUGAGGAGCACCCAAGCAGAUAUGCCCGGCCUUGACGUGGGAUGGGACUCGAGAUAUAUAAUUGUGAAUUGGUGGCUGACAUCGAUGCUGCAGACCCUAUC